GCUCGGCAGUGCGGGCGGCGGGGCUGGCGGGGCGACCGGGGGACCCCGAGGGAUGGAAGCGCCGGCGCCGGCGGAGGCGGCGGGAUGCGAGGAGCUCGAUAUGGACGUGAUGAGGCCCUUAAUAAACGAGCAGAAUUUCGAUGGGACGUCGGAUGAGGAACAGGAACAGACGCUCCUGCCUAUGCAGAAGCACUACCAGCUUGACGGGCAGCGUGGGAUUUCAUUCGUGCAGACCCUGAUGCAUCUUCUGAAGGGGAACAUCGGAACUGGCCUUUUAGGGCUUCCCUUGGCAAUAAAGAACGCUGGCAUUGUGCUUGGACCAAUCAGCCUUGUGUUUAUAGGGAUUAUUUCCGUCCACUGUAUGCACAUAUUGGUACGUUGCAGUCACUUUCUAUGUCAGAGGUUUAAGAAGUCAACGUUGGGGUACAGUGACACUGUGAGUUUUGCCAUGGAGGCCAGCCCGUGGAGUUGCCUUCAGCGGCAGGCAGCGUGGGGACGGAGCGUGGUAGACUUCUUUCUGGUGAUAACACAGCUGGGAUUCUGCAGCGUCUAUAUCGUCUUCUUAGCCGAAAAUGUGAAACAAGUUCAUGAAGGACUGCUGGGGAGCACAGGGUUUGUUUCCAACAGCACCGACCCAUCUCAUGCGUGCGAGAGGAGUGUGGACCUCAGGGUCUACAUGCUCUGCUUUCUCCCCUUCAUAAUCCUCUUGGUCUUCAUUCGUGAGCUGAAGAAUCUCUUCAUACUUUCGUUCCUUGCCAACAUUUCCAUGGCUGCCAGUCUCGUGAUAAUUUACCAGUACGUUGUCAGGAAUAUGCCAGAUCCCCACAACCUUCCAAUUGUGGCUGGUUGGAAGAAAUACCCACUGUUUUUUGGUACUGCUGUGUUUGCUUUUGAAGGCAUAGGAGUGGUGCUCCCACUGGAAAACCAAAUGAAGGAGUCUAAGCGAUUCCCCCAGGCGCUGAACAUCGGCAUGGCAGUUGUCACGGUGCUGUAUGUCAGCUUGGCCACCUUGGGCUACAUGUGUUUCCGUGAUGAAAUCAAGGGCAGCAUUACCCUGAAUCUUCCCCAGGAUGUGUGGUUGUAUCAGUCAGUGAAAAUUCUGUAUUCCUUUGGCAUUUUCGUGACCUAUUCAAUUCAGUUCUAUGUUCCAGCAGAGAUCAUUAUCCCUGGAGUCACUGCCAGACUUCACGCCAAGUGGAAGCACAUCUGUGAAUUUGGGAUACGGUCCUUCUUGGUUAGCAUCACUUGUGCUGGGGCAGUUCUCAUCCCUCGCCUGGACAUCGUCAUCUCCUUUGUCGGGGCUGUGAGCAGCAGCACUCUGGCCCUCAUCCUGCCCCCGAUCGUGGAAAUCCUCACGUUCUCCAAGGAACACUACAACAUAUGGAUGGUCCUGAAAAACAUUUCCAUAGCUUUCACUGGAGUCGUCGGCUUCUUGCUGGGCACGUAUGUCACUGUGGAAGAAAUUCUGUACCCAACUACAGUAGCUGUGGUGGGUGACUCACAGGGUCUCUCUCUGAAUGCGAAUUCUACGUGCUUGGCAUCUGGUUUGAAGUAGCGGAAGAGCUGUGAACCUUCUGCUGUCCUCACAGUUCUAACGGCAGUUAAGAACCAGUACAGUGCAUCGAUGUACACCUAAACACAGUGCCAAACUCUUGUGUGUGCUGGCAGGAUGUUGUGAUUGGAUUGUGAACUGUCAUCUUCUGUGGCUGUGGUCAACUAUGGCAGAUUCGUGCUUUUAUCUAGUGAAAAAUUUUAAAUUAGCUUUGAAAAUUGAAAAAAACUAAAUUUCAAAACUUAAACAAUAAGCAUACCCUAUUAUUAUUAUUUGUUCCUGUAAGAAACACUUUGAAUAAGAAUAAUCUCUCUUACCACGCUAUUGGGAAGAUUAAGGAAUUCAACAGGGACAUAGUUAACAGACUCUUUCUGUAGCAGCCACAGUAGCAAAGUGAGCCCCUGUGUACACGUAUGAAAAUGCAUCGCUUGCAGUUACAUUCCAUGGGUAAUGCUUCAAACAGUCCCUUGCAGGAUAGACGAUUCCCCCUGACCACCAUGUAAACACUAGAAAGUUCUCAGAGCCAGAACCACCUCACUGUUAGGCUCUAUGGCCACUGGGAACCACCGAGCAAGGCUCUGACCCACUUUGGUCGUGGGCGGAACGGCCAUUGAAGUUUCUGGACUGCUGCUCCCUUAGCGGCUGUCCUAGUUAGGGCUCUGUUGCUGCGAUACAGCACCAUGACCAAGAGCAGCUUCUGGAGUUAUUUCCCUUCAUAGUUCACAUCACAGUGCGUCAUGAGGGCAGUGAAGGCAGGAAGCUAGGGCAGGAGCUGCUGCAGAGGCUGUGGAGGAUGCUGCUCACUGCACAGCAUCCGGGACCGCAGUGCGCAGAACCCUUGCAAACUGGUCUUCAGUCUGGAAAAUGCCCCCGCAGGCUUGCCUGCAGGUUAGUCUGACAGAGACAUUUUCCUAUUUGAAUCUCUCCUCCAAAAUUACUCUACAUCGUAUAAAGCUGUCAUAAAUGAGACGUAACAGUUAGGUUGGAGGGAAUGUAGUCCCAGAAAUGUCCGGUGACUUCGCCAAGAGCAUUUACCAGAGCCUACAGAACCUGACGUUUGACUCCACGCAGAGAUGUUUUUAAUUAUCAUUAUGUUUUAUGUCAUACUGAAGAAGAAUGAAGAAGCUACAUACUGCUUCAUUUUAGUAUGGGUUUAUUUAAUUCUAUUUCAUCUUUGGAGAGCGUGUGCCUGAUCUUUGACUGUAUGUGUCAGAAAAAUCCAAGAAGCCUGCUUGCUGGCUUUAUAGACCUCACACAGGAAGAGAAGCUCAUAUUUCCUUAAAUAGCAGAAGCUGUGGUGUUUGCUGGUCAGUGAGGGCUCCUUAUACAGCAGGGGACAGCUUACUAGCUGUGCAGUAUUCUAGUCACAUGGUCCCUUGCCUUUUUCCUUCCCAGAAUCAUAGGCACAUGGCAAAAUACAGGAUUCUGGAACUUCCUAGCCUGGGCAGAGUAAAGGAACCCUAAUGUGCAGGCUUAGGAAGCUUGAAACAGUAAGAAACUGCCUAGUAAAUACUGAGACACUUCAGGCAUCACCCCGAGAAAGCCUCCUUCACCAUCUCCACACACAAUACCCAAGCAGACAGGGAUGCUGGAGUUUAAAGCAAUGAGUCCUGGGUUGCUUUGUGGACUGCGCAGCCCGUGGCUCUCCAGUGUGUUAGUCUCUAAGAUGUCACAAGCUCUCUGUGGAAGUCUCUGUUUUUCUAUGAAAAUGUUAACUUAUUCAGGUUCAGCUUUGCUUACAUCAUCACUUCGUCUUCAAGUGUGAGCUCAUAAAUAUAUCAGAAGCUUUAUUUUGGUAGGAAUUCAUAAGAACCAAAAACUUUGAAAACGUUUAUGUUAGAUGUUUCUAAUAAUUGUUUAUGAUGUUUUAUGUUAAAUUGUUGCUUCACAUCUUUACUCUUGUGCAGAGAAAGUGGAUGAGGUUAUGAGGAAAGUAAUUUCAUAGGAAUUUGACAUGGGACAUGUAUUAGAUAUUCAGAAAUGUGCACUGGCGUCCAGUGAGUUAAAACUCAUGAAGAGCAGUGGGAGACCCUUGCCGGCUGUCCUGGGGUGGGGGGCGUACAGCUCCUCUGCACAGCAGGGGGCUCUUAGCGGCUAUGCUCAGGGUCCACGCUCCUCUGCAUGCUGUUUUAUGUCUGUAUCUUCACCUGUUACUGUGGGAUUCACCGAGUGCAGUGGAUCACUGCAGUACUUUUAAAAGUUCUGCACACACUGUGAGCAUCUUAUCAGUCAGGAUUUCCUGCAUAUAAGACUGCCCAAGUCACAAUACAGAAAGGAACGUAGGCUGACGGAAGAGGAAAUAGUUAAGUUUUAGUGCGAAACGCUGUUUAGAUGCAAAGUGGAAAGGCCAUGCACUCUUGUAUAAAGGUGACUGAAGAUAUAUUUGUCAUUUGAUCAUUUUUUCUGUAAUAUUUGGUUUUACAAAAUUGUAUUUUCUAAAGAGUGUUGGAGACGAUAUUUUGACUGCAGCAGGUAUUACGUCGUCUGUGGGCCGGAGGAAGGGGAAGCAGACACACCUGUUGAACGCAUGUUUGCUCUCUUGAUGCAUCAUACGGUGGCUGAAAUGACCCAGCAGUUACUUCCCAUGGCCGUGGGAACUUUUCCGGGUCCACUGUGACACCCUGAGAGGAAAGCCAUUGUUCGCCUCCCAUGGACUAGACUCUCAGCCGUUCACUGUUUGUCUGGGUUCCCUGACACUCCAAAGAGUGCUCAUCAGCAUCUGCGGCCACUCGUCAAAAGACGGUUCCCACGUGGCGUUUACCACGGGAUCUUUCCCUCCACAGUUAAGAAGUGGUAGGUAGCUAGGAAGCUUUCAGGUUAGAUAGAGCCACUUAAAAUAAACCAACCGACUGGUGUGUGCAGUGUCCACUGCUACCCUGUUGUGUUCGCUCUGACUUGUCACCAAAGCCACUUUGAUGUAUAUUCGUAGUCCUGGAAAUGCCAGCUGGAGUCGUAUGGUGCCGUUCCUAACAGAAGUUCCCACAGGUGCCAGCACAUUUGUUACUGGCAUUAUCCAGUAGGUCUUGACUGCAACUCCUUUUUCUUCAGUCAAGAUGGAAAAGAUUCAGAACAAGCCAAUGGAGAUAAUAUAGUUGUUUAUAUGAUAUGAGUGGUUCAGCAGAUGUUAACUGUUGAGAAAUAAAAUAAUUUAUUGAAAUGUAAAGCAUCAAUAGUAUGAAAUUAUAAAAUAUUAGAAAUGGGUUUGACUCAGUUAUCUUCCCUUACUUAAGGAAGUUACUUGACCACACAUGACUUCCUGGAUCUGACUGCUCUUGACCUAGCGUAUAAAAAGAAAUAUGGCUAGGUCUAGAAUUUUUGCCUAGCGAGUGAAAGGCAAGAUCACACAGUUGUUCAUAUUUCCUGUUAGUAUUGGCUACUUUCCGUGUGUGUCCAUGCAUGCUACCCCAAAGGGACUCACAUCUGAAUCCAUUUCAACUUCUCUACCACAGAAUAUUGGACCAGAAUGAUGAUCACAUAGGAAAAUGUAUAUUCAUGACAUGAAAAAUCCAGGAUGUAGAGAUUUGUUUUUCAAAAGUUAUUUUGUUAGCUUUAUUGAAAGUCAAGUUGCAUUGAACUUGUGUCAUUUAUUGUAAUUUAUUUUUCUUUGUAAAAGAAUUUGAAAAAUGUCUGAACGUACUGUAUCUUCUGAAUUGUCAAUAAAGUAUAAUUAUUUUGCUUGCUA